UACUGUCUAUGAUAAAACUGGCUCAUUCUCUGUGAAAACUUGAUUGGGUUAAAAAGUUCAGUACAAGUUGCGAUUUGAUUUGCCGGAAACGAGAACUGAAGCUAAUUUUGAUUCCGAUCGCCUGCAAUUGUUUAGAACAAGUUAAGAACAAAUGGAAAACAGCGCGUGAAAAAGACAGUUUUAACCUCGCCACUCUCCUUGGUAUCCAUACAUACCUACACAGUACACACUCCUCAAUCCUCGUAUAGUCGUAUGCAACUCUCACCUCCUGGCUACUACCAACUCACAUUUUUAGGGUUUUAACACCUGGCCUCACUUUUCCAUGGAAGAAAAAGAAGACUCAGUAUUAAUACAGUUGCAACAAUCUGUACACUCCAAUCCAGAUGAUUCCUCUCUCCACUUUAAUCUGGCUUUGUAUUUAUGGGAACAUAGCAAGGAGAUUAAUUCUAUUAAGGAGAAAGCUGCUGAGCAUUUUGUGAUUUCCGCUAAGCUUGAUCCUCAUAAUCCUAAUGCAUUUAGAUAUUUGGGGGAUUAUUAUAGCCAAGUUUCGCUUGACUCUACUAGAGCUCUCAAGUGUUACCAGAGAGCACUCUCCCUUCUUCCCAAUGAUUCCUAUAUCGGGGAGUCCAUAUGUGAUUUGUUGGACAAAGAAGGUAAGGAAAGCUUGGAAAUCGCUGUGUGUCGUGAAGCUUCGGAGAAGUCGCCCAGGGCUUUUUGGGCUUUCCGGCGACUUGGUUAUCUUCAGGUCUAUCAAAAGAAGUAUUCUGAAGCUGUUCAGAAUUUACAACAUGCGAUUCGCGGCUAUCCGACCUCUGCUGAUCUGUGGGAAGCAUUGGGGCUUGCCUACCAGCAACUGGGGAUGUUAACUGCGGCUAUAAAGUCAUAUGGGCGAGCAAUAGAGUUGGAGGACUCAAGAGUGUUUGCAUUAAUCGAAAGUGGAAACAUCUUCUUGAUGCUUGGCUCCUUUUCAAAGGGAGUUGAGCAAUUUCAAGAUGCUUUACGUAUCUCACCGCAAAAUGUCGCUGCACACUAUGGUCUUGCUUCUGGAUUGCUUAGUUUAUCGAAGGAAUGUAUUAAUUCAGGCGCGUUCAAGUGGGGAUCUUCACUGUUGGAGGAGGCAUCUGAAACAGCAAUGGCAAGUACCACCUUAACUGGAAACAUUUCUAGUCUUUGGAAGUUGCAUGGAGAUAUACAGCUUACAUAUGCAAAAAGCUAUUCAUGGAUGGAUGAAAAGCAAGGACUACAAGAUGAUGAGUUAGCUUUCACAAAUUCCAUUCUCACAUGGCAAAAAACCUGCUUUUCAGCUGCAGUUUUGGCCAGUCGUUCUUAUCAACGGGCUUUGCACUUGGCUCCAUGGCAGGCUAACAUAUAUAUCGACAUUGGUAUUGCUGUAGAUGCCAUGUGCUCAUUGAAGGAGAAAGAAAUUAACAACCUGUAUGCGUUACAGCUACCUGAAAAGAUGACCUUGGGGGGCUUAUUCCUCGAGGGUUACAAUGAUGAGUUCUGGGUGGCUCUAGGAUGUUUAUCACUUGAUGCAGCUUUGAAACAACAUGCUUUAAUACGUUCAUUGCAGUUAGAUGUAUCUCUUGCUUCUGCAUGGGCAUAUCUUGGGAAGCUUUACAAAAAGGAGGGUGAUAAACGUUUAGCCCAAGAAGCCUUUGAUCGAGCUAGAAGCAUAGAUCCUUCACUAGCAUUACCCUGGGCAGGCAUGUCAGCAGAUUCUUAUACAAGGGAGAUCAAGGUGGACGAAGCUUAUGAGUGCUGUUUACGAGCUGUGCAAAUAAUGCCAAUUGCAGAUUAUCAAAUAGGUCUUGCGAACCUUGCUCUGCUGUCUGGUAAUCUAACAUCGUCACAGGUCUUCGGAGCUGUCCGCCAGGCCUUGCAACGGGCACCCCACUAUCCUGAAUCCUACAAUUUAAAUGGGCUGGUCUAUGAGGCACGGCAUGAAUAUCUGACUGCCUCUGUCUUUUAUAGGUUAGCAAGAUGUGCAAUAUGUGCAUCAGAAAAGGGAUCAAAUUCUAGACUCAGAGAUAUAUCAGUCAAUUUAUCUAGAUCUCUUUGUAAGGCAGGAAAUGCUGUCGACGCAAUAGUAGAAUGUGAAAAUCUGAAGAAAGAAGGUCUACUCGACUCAAAAGGUCUGCAGAUAUAUGCAUUUUCAUUAUGGCAACUUGGAAAGAAUGAGUUGGUUCUGUCUGCCGUGAGAACUUUGGCUUCAAGUGUUUUAUCACUUGAAAAGACAUCUGUACCAGGCUGUAUAAGCUUCAUAUGUAGAUUAUUGUACUAUAUUUCUGGAAAAGAAUCUGCGAUUAAAAGCAUAAUGAAAAUGCCCAAGGAUCUUUUUCAGAGUUCGAAAGUUAGCUUUGUUCUAUCUGCCAUCCAUGCACUAGAUCAACGUAAUCAGCUAGAUUCGGUUGUUUCAAGUAGCAGGUGUUUUGUUGUGUCACCUGCAGAGAUCACUGGAAUGCAUAUUUUAAUAGCGCUUGGUAAAUUAGUUAAACAUGGAUCAGAAAAUUGCCUUGCAAUUCAAAACGGAGUAAAUCAUCUUAGAAAAACUCUUCAUAUGUACCCUAACAGUGGAUUGAUAAGGAAUCUUCUUAUUUAUUUGUUACUCUGCAAUAGAGAGUGGAAUAGUAUUCAUCUUGCAACUAGGUGUCUUGUUGUAUGCGAUUCUGAUUAUCAAAAAGAGGAGGAUUUUAGAUCUCCUAUUGAAAUUCUUGGUGCUGCUGCAGUUGCCUGCUACAGUGGUGGGAAUCACAGUGAUAAACUUUCACUUCCAACAUGUCGAGGCCAGUGUCUGUCUGGUCAUGAAGCAAUCCAGCGGCUGCAAAAGUGGCUACGUCAAGAGCCAUGGAACAAAAGUGCAAGGUAUUUAUUGAUACUAAACUAUCUGCAGAAGGCACGUGAGCAGAGAUUUCCCCGUCACCUUUGUAUUUUGCUUGAGCGUCUAACUAGUGUGGCUCUUUCUGAUCAAUUUCACUCGAAAAGAGAUCAGUACCAGAAGUUCCAGCUACUACUCUGUGCUUCUGAGAUUUGUCUGCAAGGAAAAGACUACACUGGCUGUAUUAGCCAUGCUAGUGAUGCUUCAGAAAUAAGGAUUCCUGAUAGCUAUCUCUUCUUUGCGCAUUUGUUAUUAUGCCGUGCUUAUGCGGCAAAAGGAAUUUUUCUUAGUCUUAAUGAGGAGUUCACAAGAUGUUUGGAGCUGAAAACUAGUUAUCAUAUUGGUUGGAUAGGUCUCAAAUAUAUGGAAUCUCAAUAUAAGCUCCAAAGUGUUUCCCCUGGAAUAGAGUUAAAUUUUGAAGAAUGUUCUAAAGAAAUAAGAUACUCCUGGCACAUGUGGAUGGCAGUAUUUGAUAUGGUAAAAGGACUUAUUGCUAUCAGCUCGCAAGAUUAUCUUCAAGCAGAAGAGUUUCUUUCACAGUCUUGUUCAUUUGCAAGUGAUGAAAGUUGCCUCUUUCUUUGUCACGGUGCUAUCUGUAUAGAGCUUGCAAAGUUGCAGUGUGAUUCACAUUUUCUGUCACUUGCUCUUAAAAGUCUAAAGAAAGCCAAAGGGACUUCUCCAGCUCCCUUGCCCUUUGUCUCACUUUUGCUAGCACAAGUGGAAGGAAGCUUUGGAUCAGAAACAAAGUGGGAGAAUAACCUUCAGCUUGAAUGGGUUUCAUGGCCACCAGAGUUGAGGCCUGCUGAGCUCUUUCUUCAGAUGCAUUUACUAUCCAAAUUGUCUGUUUCUGACUCGACUUCUACUCUGGAGUUUCGUAAGAGUUCACUAAAAUGGAUUCUUCAAGCAAUACACAUGAAUCCUUCUUGUUUCAGAUAUUGGAAAGUUUUGGAGAGGUAUAUGUAGUAAGAUGAUGGAUGAAAAUGGUGUGAAGUGAUGGAAAGCAAGACCAGGUUCAAUUUUAUAUGAUCAAGAUGGAUAGAUGACAGUUGUGUGAAGUAAUGGAAAGUGAGAGCAACUUCAAUGUUAUAUGAUCCGAAUUCACUUCCUAAGCUAAUUCUAAAUACACCAGCAGUAUGAGGUUGUGUUUAAAUGAAAGCAAUGGAGGUGCUUGCCCUCACAGGUUGCAAAUGGAACUGCUUCACCCUAUUUCGAAUAUUUUCGUUGUUAGUUGCCAUGUACACAAGUUUUCGUGAUGCCGUGAGCAUUGGUUUUACUGCUUCACAUACACCGCAUGUCCAAGCCUUACUUAGUUGCCGCUGAGAUGCUCAUGACAAUUUAGCCGACAGCGAUGCCUGUGUUUGUUGUAUAGUAUAUCCGGUUCAAAUAUAGUUUGGUUUAUUUGACCUCAAACAUUUUGACAAAUUACUCAGACAAAAGAUUUUAAUCAAACGUAGAUUAGGGACAUACCAAGUAACUUUAUGACUUUCUGAAAACUAGAUUUGGAAGUCACUUGCAAACGUGAUUAUCAGCAUCGGGUCAUUUCGAGUUUGGGAGUGCUACCCGAAAUCGUCCUC